CGAGACCUUGUUGCUCCGCUAUCAGUGCUAAAUUGGAAGUUGAACUUGCCUGCAGGGUCGCCGAACCAUGGCUGAACAGAGCGGAAAGGUCCAGACAGUGUUGGGUCUGAUAGAGCCCGAUCAGCUGGGCCGCACCAUGACCCACGAACACCUUACAUUGACGUUUGAGUGCAGCCAUGUUCCCCCGGCACCCGGAGAUGAGGGUCUUGCUGCAGCUCCCAUUGAGAUGAAGCAUCUUCACUGGUUGCAGCAGAAUCCGUACUGCCACAAUGAGAACCUGCUGUUGAAUCAAGAGAUCGAAGCGGUGAAGGAAGAGCUGUUGUGUUACCGUAAAGCAGGAGGAGGAUCCAUAGUGGAGAACACCACCACGGGCAUCACCCGAAACCUGCCUGCUCUGAGGCAGCUGGCUAAAGAGACGGGUGUGCAUAUCAUUGCCGGAGCAGGGUACUAUGUGGACGUGACCCACUCUGAUGAGACAAGAAAGAUGACGGUUGAGAAGCUUACUGAUAUCAUUGUCAGUGAGGUCCUUCAUGGAGCAGACGGUACUGAUAUCCGCUGUGGUGUGAUUGGAGAGAUCGGUACUAGCUGGCCAAUCACAGAGAGUGAGAAGAAGGUCCUGCGAGCCACUGCUCACGCUCAGACUCAGCUCGGCUGCCCGGUCAUCAUCCACCCCGGACGGAACGAAAACGCUCCUGGAGAGGUCAUCCGCAUUCUGCAAGAAGCAGGUGGAGAUAUCUCCAAAACAGUCAUGUCUCAUCUUGACAGGACCAUGUUUGAUCAUCAAGAAUUAUUGGAGUUUGCAAAGAUGGGGAGCUACCUUGAAUAUGACCUCUUUGGCACAGAGAUGCUGAAUUACCCAUUCAACCUGUAUGUUGACAUGCCCAGCGACAGCCAGAGAGUUCAGAACUUGGCUUUCCUGAUCAGGGAAGGGUAUGAAGACAGAAUCCUCAUUGCCCAUGAUAUUCACACCAAGCACCGACUGACCAAGUAUGGCGGCCAUGGCUUCUCCCACAUCCUGAAGAAUAUUGUUCCCAAAAUGUUGUCUCGAGGUAUCGCUCAGAACCAGGUGGACAAAAUACUGAUAGAGAAUCCCAAACAAUGGCUGACAUUUAAAUAAACCAGCUGCCUUAAAAAUCAAGUUAACAUACCAAAAAUAUUUUAAAAAUUUGUAUUGCUAGGAACACUGGUGUCCAGUUGAUUUUGGUGCUAAAUUCCAUUAAUACAUGCACACUCUUAAAAAUGGGUUCAAAAGGGGUUUUCAUAGCUACGCAUUUUGGGUUCCCCAAAGAAACUUUUAACAGCUCUUAAAAGAACCAUUGGUGUGUUAUUAUGAAGACUAUUUUAAUAAUCUAAGAACCUUUUAUAAAGAACCUUUUAUGCAGUGCAAUAGUUGAGUGUUUCUUCAUGGAACAAUUGAUGCCAUGAAAAAACUAUUUCUAAUCUUUGUGUAAGAUCCAUAUCUUGUGCUUUUUACUUAAAUUGGGAUGAACUAACAAAGAAAAUGUUAUUAAUCAGACUAAUAAUUCUACUCAGGGAAACACAAUUAAGCCAAAGAUAAUGGGGGAAAAAGUGGAACAUUUAAACAUCUGAUGAAACAUCCUGACUACAUUAGGUACUAAUUAGCCCUUGCAAAAUAUUUUUAAAUCUAUCACAUAUUGUAAUAGUUUGCAAAAUGUGCUUUCUUAUGUUAUGUAGCUGCAAACAUCUCAAGCAAUUAAUGCUGAACAUAUAGCAAUAUAAAAAUAGCAAUAUAAUGUUGAACAUACAGUUCCUCUUAGCUUUGGCAAGCCUGAUGUUCCACAGAACAUCUAAUCAUUUUAAGGCAUGUGCUCUGACAGGUCAUUGUGUAGGACAGAGAAGUGAGUUUCUCUGGAGCAGGUGGCCGCUCACAGCGACUCAUAGUAAAAUAAUGACACUGUCAGGUGCUCUGUCCCUUUGUGACAGCAAGAUAAUGUUAAAAGAACAUGCAGAGUCAUCUGUAAGUUGCUUAUUAGAUGAUGGUAUGUUGAUUUAUCUAUUUAUUUUUUUGCUCCAGUAUGAGCAUUUUGCUUACAAAACUGAUCUCCUUUUUAACAUAUAGAUAUAGGUAAGCACUACUAAUUUACAGUUGUGUGUUGUUUAGUGCUUUUAAAUGAAUAGCAAACUAUAUCAAUUAUAACAAUGCUUAAAGUAAUCAUGUCAUAGUUGUAUUUGUCGAUUGCCGUACUGCACUAUAUAUGUAGAGCUUUUAGUUUUAUAGCAAAUGUAUACACGCAUGCAAAUCAUGCAAUAUAUUUUAUUCACAAUCUUUUGAUGACACUGCACAUACCAGACAGUGAUAAUAUUUUUUAAAUGAAGACAUUUAUGUAAAACGGUACAGAGUUGUGGCUAGAAUGUGACAUUUUGUGUAUGAAGAAUGAGCAAUUGUUAAGAAAUGUCAUCUGAACUAUAUUUCCGGGCUAAUGGUGGGUGCUGUGUAACAACCUCUUCUGGUCAGCCAUGUGUCAGCGUAAAGGUAGGCACAUAUGGAAUGGAAUGAUGUCAAAUGAUUUUUUUUGCUUUCACACCAGUUAAUCUCUCAAUAAAUAUACUACAAUCA